GCGGGACCCUUGAAAACAAAAACAGCCGGUCACCUGUUGGUGCCAUCUUGAAUAUGUCAACAGUCUACCGUGCCCUUAUUACCUUAUUGUUGUAGGUAGUUAAUGUUUGUUUAUACGUAAACUCAGGUGCGGGAUUGCAGAUUCCCCAUUUUAGAUUGGCAAUGCGUUUGCAUAUUCCGUUACAAAUCCACUUCGACGAAGCAAACGGUGUGAUGUCAACGGACUCUUGAUUCUCUGUCUAAUCCUUAAUCUCGGAGGACCUUGUUAAGUAAGCUAACAAACUAAAAGCGGACGCGAAUCCGAGACACACCCUUCAAUAAGAAAAAUGGCUCCUAAAAAGCAGCAGAUGGUUCCGACGGCGAAUACGUCCAGUUCCUUGGACAUGGAGUCGGAGGAGAUCAGCUUGGAGACCACUGUACCCACCGAAGACGUCUCCUCCUCCGACGAGCAACGGGACGGCUCUCAGAAGGUGACCCGUCAGCUGAUCGAAAGGAAGGAGCUGCUCCACAACCUCCAGCUGCUGAAAAUCGAGUUAUCUCAGAGGAACCUGGUAAUAGACAACCUGAAGGCCGACCAUCUGACCAAGAUUGAGGAAUUGGAGGAGAAGCUCAAUGAUGCCCUCCACCAGAAACAAGUAUUGGCCCUCCGUCUGGACAGCCAGCUCAAACUCGCCCAGGAGGAGAACAGGAAGCAGCAGGCAAUGCGUAAGCAGGAGAUGGAUACCAUUCUGUUGAGGCAGCAGCAGCUGGAGGAAACUAACAGACAGCUGUGUGAGAGAGCCGGAGAGUUACGAAAGUCCCUCAGGGACCUGGACAUCUCCCAGGACAGGUAUCAGGAGCUCCGUGAUCUCCCUGAGGAGAAACUCUCUAUCCCUGAAUACGUAGCGAUCCGUUUUUAUGAAGUGAUGACUCCUUUGCGGGGCCAGCUGGUGGAACUUAACAUGAAGAGAGAGAGCCUGACUGAAGAGCUGGACACACACAGAACCCAGAUGAAGACCUUUAUGGAGAGCUAUGAGGAGGAGAGGAGGUUGCGUACAGAGCUGGAGUUGAGGAGCCAGAGACUGACCCUAGAACUUGCUGACGCCAAGCAACAGAACCUGGAGGGAGACUAUAGACGAGAGAACUACCCCAACCUCAAACGUGAGCGUGACAACUUUGAGGCAGAGGUGAAGGAACUGAGGAGGAAACUAGAGACUCUGGACUUCUCUCACGUCGCUCUAACCAGAGAGAGGGACAACUUUAGCAAAGAGGUGGCCACGUUGCAGCAGUCUGUGACUCUGCUACAAACAGACAAGGAAUACCUACACAGGCAGAAUGUAGAGCUCAGUGUUCGCUGUGCACAUGAAGAAGACCGCCUGGAAAGGCUCCAGGUACAUCUAGAGGACACUAAGAAAGCCAGAGAGGAGGCCUAUGAGAAAUAUAUGGCAUCCAGAGACCACUACAAGACGGAGUAUGAGACCAAAUUACGAGAGGAGCUGGAGAACAUUAGGCUGAAGACUAGUCAGGAGAUAGACAACCUGCAGAGAACCUCCAGGGAGAUGUACGAGAGGGAGAACAGGAACUUGCGUGAGGCCAGAGACAACGCCGUUUUGGAGAAGGACAGAGCAAUAGCUGCUGAGAGAGACAUGCAGUCCAGAUACAACCAACUACUAGAACAGUUCCGUCAGCUUCAGUUGGGUACAGACAGCCGGGUCGCAGAGCUGUCCAACCAGGCCAAGCUGCACUCCUUUGAGGCCGAGCGUGCUCAGUUGGUUAAAGAAGAGACAGCCAAGGCCCUGGCUCAGUGCCAGAUGGAAUGUGACAAACAGCAGAAGAAACUGGAGGUACUGACCCAGGAGUUCUACUCGCUGCAGACGUCGUCCGAGAGGCGGGCAGCAGAGCUGCAGGCUCGAAACGCUGAACAGGCAGCUCGACUAGAGACAUAUGAGAGGCUGGAGCAUGAGCUGGACCAAGUCACUAUGCAGGCCGCUGAGAUUGAGAAUGAGGAGGAAGCUGAGAGAGUUCUGUUCUCCUAUGGAUAUGGAGCCAAUGUUCCCACUACGGCCAAGAGAAGACUGAAACAGAGUGUUCACCUAGCACGCAGAGUGCUGCAGCUUGAGAGGCUGAACACAUCGCUGAGGAGAGAGCUGGAGAGAUACAACACACAGACAGGCCAGAUAUCUGAGGAGUUGACAGCAGCCAACCGGCUACUAGAGCAGACCCAACAACCCUACAGCUACCUGAUUGAAACGGUGCGACAGAGAGAUGCACAGAUAAGCACCUUGAAGGAGCGCAUCGCUUCAUUGGAGGAUGACAUCAGUUCCCUAAGGAAAGAACGCACCGCCUUGCAGCAAAUGAAGAACAACAUGGCUGCUGAUCUGGAGAGACUCCUCAACCACAGAGAGGAGCUGGCAGUGAUGAAGCAGGUCCUGAUUAGCAUGCAGUCUGGACAGAGGGAUGCUCUGAGCCUGUUGGAACCAAAAAGGAGUGCUAAAGAGUCCAAAUUUGCAGGGUCACACCGGCCCAAACACCUCAGUCGAACCACAGCUGAAGAUGAGCUGGAGAACAGACCCAAGCCCACCGUAUUUACCAAUAAGAAGGUUCCUGACUGGUACCAAAAAUUGAAGUUCCAGUCCAAAUGACCAGUCACUUGUGUUGCUACAGACAAUUCUGUAUAGAUUUUUUUAAUAGAGGACCUAGAAUUGAUUGAUGAUAUAUGAUGAUCUGAGAUUGUUUUAAAAUAAA